UCCGUGCGACCUCGUUCAAGAGUGGCGGAGCGCUGAGCUGUUGAGAGAAAUGAGCGCCGCGCUGGUCCGCGCUCUGAGUCUCCUCACAAAACCUGCCAGAGAAGCCCACUUAAGUGGUGCACAAACGACGCAACAUGAAGCACUUCUUUGUGCCCUCCAGAAGAAUCAGACUAAAUUGACAGAGCACCUGUUGGCUGGUGGAGAGCUGGAUGAAGCCCGUCAGUUACUGGAGGAGGUCAGGAAGGAGGUGUCAUGGUUCUGCUCAGACACUGAGGACCUUACGUGGAGCUUUGUGCAGGAAUGCCUCCUGCUGCUGCUCUGCUUGGCACGCCACCUCACAAGUCUCCUGGAAGCUUUUAAUCAGGAUCCAUGCCAUGCAGCUCCAAACCCCCGCACACCAGAGGCAGCCCCUCCGUUACCUCCAGAUGUCCUCAGUGUGGCUCAGCAGAAGACCCUGAGCACUGUGCUGCAGUUCCUUGUCACGCUGGGCCUUUGCCCAUAUCUGGCCCCUGGCGUAGGGGUAGGUCUGGAGCGGCGGUCUGCAUUUGGAGCUGCAGUGGAGGGCGCAGUGCGUCGUGAGGUGGCUCCCCCAUGUGAACACCGGCUACUGGUCACCACUACUGUUCUAAUGGAAGUGGCUGCAGUGUCAUCUCUAGCUACUCUGGUCUUUACCCGCCACCUAGGUGAUCUCAUGGCAGCCCUGUGCCAGUUAGGCUAUCGGCCCCAUCGCCCUGAAGGAGAUGGAGCUGAGAGCAGUAAGGGACUGACUGUAGAAGAGCGGAAGAAUUGCAAACAAGCUCUCCGAGGUCUUCUAGGAAGAGUUUAUCAACCAAUUGUCAUAAAGGAGCUGCUAGUUCUGCAAGGGGGGCCUAAGGUGGCUGCAGGCUCUGGUGGAAAGGGAGGCAAGACCCUCACUCAAACUCCCCAAUGGCUGAGGCGUCUAUGUGGGCAGCUGCUCUCUGAGAGACUGAUGCAGCCGCAUGGGGUCCAAGCUGUGGUCAGGGCCAUUCUAGAGGGAGCUGGAGGUGGAGACUCAGACUGGAGAAAAUGUGAUGCUGUGGCUAAAAUACUGGCAACCUGCCCACAGCAGUCGCUCUCUGCUGAGAGCUAUUACAGUCAAGUGUGUCCACAGGUGUUAGAGCUUCUUCAUUUCAAGGAUAAGGUAACUGCAGAACAGUUCCAGCGAGUGGCCACCACAGUGGCACUAACAAUGGUGCAGGACCAGCCUGAGUUCGCCCAUCGCUUCCUGCUGUCUCCUCUUCUCUCACCGCUGCAACAUUGUGUAGCAGUCCCAGAAGCGGCCCUUGUUGCAGAGGACAUAUCUCAGGAUGCAGUGCCUGAGUGGGAGCUGACCCGCUGUGUGGAGGAUAUCUAUAAAAUUUAUGUGGUGGGUAACAGGCCAUCAGGAACACUGCUGGUUGCUCUGGGGGAUGUAGUUCCAACCAUCUUCUGCCUGUUAUGUUUCACCAAACAAAAUGUGUCUCACUUACGAGCCCCCUGCCAGGAAAUCCUGCUGUGGUACCUGUCUCAUACUGAGACUGCUUCAGCACUCUCCCAGCUCAAAGGCCUGUGCGUCCUGCAGGGAGAUGGAGGCGGAGUCGCACCUGGCUUCCAGUUUGCACCUGGCAGUGAAGGUGGGGCCAGACUCACCCGACGAGAGCCAAUCAGUGAUGAAGAUGAUGCUCUGUAUGAGAAGGUGUCUGGAGAGCAGUGGAGAGUGGAGUGUCUUGUGCAGCUGUUGACCGAGAUGAAGGACAGUGACCUGCCUGGUGACUUCUUCCUCUUGCUCCUGCAGGAUCUGACAGAUUUGGCAGCAGAGCAGCAGGAGGCUGAGCAGCAAGUGGACACGUCGGCCAUGACGCUGCUUGAGUUGGAGCAGCACCUGGUGGGGUGUGUGCAUGGCCAUGGCCAGAGACUGGCUCUCCUGCAGACCCUGGCUGUCAUGUGUGAGAGGCUGCCACACACACUACUGCUGCGCAAGCCCACCCAGGUGGUGGGCUUUAUAGAGUCCAUGCUGCACAGGGCAUGUGUAGGUGUGGAGCGUGGUUCAGAGAAUGCAGUGGAGGGUCAGACUCUCAGUAUGGGGAUGGGCCUGAUUGCUACCUUGCUGUCUGGAGCUGCACAGCUUUCUGCAGAGGACUACUCCUCCAUGUCUAGGCUGCUGGGUCCUCUAGAGCGGGUUUCCCAGCAGCACCCGGAUCCUGUCAUCCAGGAGCUGGCCUCAGACCUGCAGGCCACCAUCACUACACAUGGGGCUUAUCGCCCAGGCUCUGUGAUUAAUGCUGCUGGACGGUAUGGUGCUGGCGCUUCCACUCAAGCAGCAAGUCAGCCGAAGGGUCAAAACACAAGUGCUGCCUCAGCCAGUGCCUCCUCAGCAAGAACUCAUUCUAUGCGUGUUGACCCACUUCAACCAAGUCAACCUUCACUCGGACUCUCAUCCACCUCCAACUCAUUCAGUCCACACUCUAGCUCAGGCUCUGCUGCCUCUGGGCCUUCAACACUACAGCAGAAUGCAGGUCAUGGUGUAGCUGAGUCAUGUGCUGAUAUGAAGGAGCAAGCACAAGGUUCUGCAUGCAGCCCUCCCCACAAAGAUGGAGAACUGUCCGUACACAAGCUCAGUGGCAUGAGCACACGCAGCUCCGUCUCAUCUGCCCUUGGUCCUACUCCACAAAAAAUCUUCUCUGAGUGGCUUUUGGAAGCCUGUGACCCAGACGUGCCCACUCGGGCCAUGGCACUGCGGGCCCUCACCCACGCUCUGAGAGAGGGAGACAAGGAAGCAAUAGAGACCCGGGACAAGCUGUUAGUGCUCUUUUUGGAGAACCUGGAGCAUGAAGACUCGUUUGUGUAUCUUUCUGCCAUUCAAGGGCUGGUGGUGCUGGCGGAUUCGUUCCCUGAGCAGAUCCUGCAGAGACUGUUGGCUGAGUACCAGGCAGGGCCAAGUGCAGCUUCUACCAGCAGGGGGCGAUCUCUGGAGACACGCCUCAAAGUGGGGGAGGCUCUGAUGAGAGCCAGCAGGGCCAUGGGUGACCUGGCACCACACUAUGGCCGUCCUCUGAUUGGUGCAUUCCUGAGCGGUACGCGGGAUGAAGACAGCAGCGUGCGUGCCAGCUGUCUCUCUAAUCUGGGUGAGCUCUGCCAGCGCCUCCAGUUCUCCCUCGGCCCGCUGGCACAGGAGUUGAGCUCAUGUCUCACAGCCCUGAUAAAAACUGAGAAAGAGGCAGAGGUGCGGAGAGCAGCAGUUCACGUCAUUGCUCUUUUACUGAGGGGCCUCAGCGAUAAAACCACUCAGGUCCUGGGAGAUGUUCUCUUGGAGCUCUAUCGGGCUCUAAAGUGGGUGGUGCGCUCAGACUCUGAUGAGGUGGCUGUACUCCAUGCUCAGCUGGCCCUGGAAGAGCUAGAUGAUGUUAUGAGAACGUUCAUCUUCCCUCAGCAGAAACUGGAAAAGAAGAUAGUGGUUCUGCCUUAAAGCUGGACACCUGUUUAGCCUAUCACUAUUGCAUAACACUUCUCACAGACAUGAGCUCUCUCUUUAGUUAUUAACUUCAUGUAGAGAAUUAUUUCUUGUAAGAAAUCUUCAUGAGAAGUGUUUCACAAAGGAAGAUUUCUUAGGACUGUCCAGUUAGAGGAAAGUGUGGGAAUAUCGCUACUGGACAACCUUUAAUUUUGGCUACUGCUUGGAUCUCCUUCUCCAAAUUGUUCUUUAAAUAAAUCUAUAAAAAAAAUAAUAAAGGUAUUGCCCACACAGUCAGUUUGUCACACAGAAGACCAUGCUACAACUUGAGAAACCUGCAGUCAGCCUUUUGUCAAUUAACAUAUAGGGGUCACAGGGCAGCCUGAGCAAAGCAGAGUGCGGCAAAUGUAAGAUUUGUUUCCCUUUGCACACACCGCAAGUCAGCAUUCUCCUCAGCACCAGUAAAAUAGUGCCUGUUUGCCGUUUUUCCCCUCACUGUUUGUACUACAUAUAGAAAAAGCAGGGUUGUGACAUCGCUGGAAGCAUUGUAAGACAAGGCAGGGCAAUUUGUCACUCCUUGUAAAGGAGUCGUGGGGUCUGUAUGCCCCUGAAAUUUUCCAUGGCUGCACUCCACAUGUCCUUUUUUUGGUUUUGUGAGCUAAUGAAGGAUUUAUCUAUGAAGACAGAAUUUAUGCAAUCUCAUAAAUGUUGCAUUUGAGAUGUGUGAGAGUUAUACUAAAAUAAAUAUUAGUUUUUCCACA